GCGCAGAACUUGGGGAGCCGCUGCCGCCAGCAGCUACCGCCAGCCGCCGCCACCGCCGCCGCCGUCGCCGCCGCAGGACCGGCCCCUACCCCAGCCUCCGCAGCAGCGCCGCAUACACACCGGCCCGCGGCAAGGGCGAGCCUGGGUACCUCACCUACACUCUACCCAGUGUGCCCCGCACCCCGCAUGUGACCCAGCCAGACCCCACGAGUGUGUCCCCUGCAGCCUGGGCACCGGGCUGCCCCCACCCACCCUAACGCCAGCUUGCUAGCCUGCCAGUCCGGGAUGGCCGCGACCAAGGCCGAGAUGCAGCUGAUGUCCCCGCUGCAGAUCUCCGACCCGUUCGGCUCUUUUCCUCACUCGCCCACCAUGGACAACUACCCCAAGCUGGAGGAGAUGAUGCUGCUGAGCAACGGGGCACCCCAAUUCCUCAGUGCUACCGGGGCCCCUGAGGGCAGCGGCGGCAACAGCAACAGCAGUGGGGGCGGUGGAGGGAACGGCAGCAACAGCAACAGCAGCAGCGCCUUCAACCCUCAGGGGGAGGCGGGCGAACAGCCCUACGAGCACCUGACGGCAGAGUCUUUUCCUGACAUCUCUCUGAAUAAUGAGAAGGUGCUGGUAGAGACAAGCUACCCCAACCAAACCAUCCGGCUGCCCCCCAUCACCUACACUGGCCGUUUCUCUCUUGAGCCUGCACCCAAUAGUGGCAACACCCUGUGGCCUGAGCCUCUCUUCAGCCUGGUCAGUGGCCUUGUGAGCAUGACCAACCCACCAGCCACCUCAUCCUCAUCACCCUCUCCAGCAGCCUCCUCAUCCUCCUCUGCUUCCCAGAGCCCACCGCUGAGCUGCGCAGUCCAGUCCAGCGACAGCAGUCCCAUUUACUCUGCCGCACCCACCUUCCCUACACCCAAUACUGACAUCUUCCCAGAGCCACAAAGCCAGGCCUUUCCUGCUUCGGCCAGCACUGCACUCCAGUACCCACCUCCUGCCUACCCUGCUGCCAAGGGCAGCUUCCAGGUGCCCAUGAUUCCAGACUACCUGUUUCCACAGCAGCAAGGGGACCUAGGCCUAGGUACCCCAGACCAGAAGCCCUUCCAGGGCCUGGAGAGCCGCACCCAGCAGCCUUCCCUCACUCCGCUCUCCACCAUCAAGGCCUUUGCCACGCAAUCGGGCUCCCAGGACUUGAAGGCCCUCAACACCUCCUAUCAGUCCCAGCUUAUCAAACCCAGCCGCAUGCGCAAGUACCCCAACCGGCCUAGCAAGACACCUCCCCAUGAACGCCCCUACGCCUGCCCUGUGGAGUCCUGCGACCGUCGCUUCUCUCGCUCUGAUGAGCUUACCCGCCACAUCCGCAUCCAUACUGGCCAGAAACCCUUCCAGUGUCGCAUCUGCAUGCGCAACUUCAGCCGCAGUGACCACCUUACAACCCACAUCCGAACCCACACAGGCGAGAAGCCCUUCGCAUGCGACAUCUGUGGGAGAAAAUUUGCCAGGAGUGAUGAACGCAAAAGGCAUACCAAGAUCCACUUGCGGCAAAAGGACAAGAAAGCUGACAAAGGUGUUGUGGCCUCUUCGGCCACCUCCUCCCUCUCUUCCUACCCAUCCCCCGUUGCUACCUCUUACCCAUCCCCAGUCACUACCUCUUACCCAUCCCCAGCCACCACCUCAUACCCAUCGCCAGUGCCCACCUCCUACUCAUCUCCUGGCUCCUCAACCUAUCCAUCGCCUGUCCAUAGUGGCUUCCCCUCACCUUCAGUGGCCACCACGUACUCCUCAGUCCCCCCAACUUUUCCCACCCAAGUCAGCAGCUUCCCUUCCUCAGCAGUCACCAACUCCUUCAGCGCCUCCACAGGGCUUUCGGACAUGACAGCUACAUUUUCUCCCAGGACAAUUGAAAUUUGCUAAAAGGAAAAAGGAAACAAAACUGGAACGGGAGAAAAAGAAUCACAAGAGAAGAUUUAACAGGACAGAAGGAGAUGGCCAUAGGAAGUGUGGGGGGGGCUCCUCUUAGGUCAGAUGGAGGUUUUCAGAGCCAAGUGCUCCCUUCCCCCUACUUGACCCCAAGUUCAGGGUGGAAGGUCUAUUGAUGAAACAAUCUUUUCUGUCCACUUCCCCUAUUCCUAAUCCCUUUGACUUCAACUGCCUGAAACAGCCAUGUCCAAGUUCUUCACCUCUAUCCAAAGAACUUGAUUUGCAUGGAUUUUGGAUAUAUCAUUUCAGUAUCAUUUCCAUCGUAUGCCUAACCCCUUGCUCCCUUCAAUGCUAGAAAACUGAGCUGGCAAAAUGGGGUUUGGGUCCCUCAAAGCCCACCACCCCUGCACCUUGUACAGUGUCUGUGCCAUGAAAUUUGUUUUUCUUGGGGUACUCUUGAUGUGAAGAUAAUUUGCAUAUUCUAUUGUAUUAUUUGGAGUUAAGUCCUAACUUUGGG